AUGUCUUCUCAAUCCCUAACCGAUGACCACAAAACAUCACAAAACACCACUACGUGUGUGUAUCAGACACAAGUUGGUGGCUCUAGCAGGAAUGUAACGGUUGUUUGGGAGAAAAACACCAUGAAUCAUUCCCUGGAUAUCUCCAUAGAUAGUGUGUCAUCUGAGGUUCAUCCGAAUCACAAGAUCGACCUCAAACCAUGGUGUUUUUGGGCAAAAAAGGGUUGCAAAACAAUAGAAGUUGACUCGUAUCAGAUUGAGCUUUAUUGGGAUUUUCGGUCAGCAAACUAUCUUGCGUCGCCCGAGCCAUGCUCGGACUUUUAUGUGGCAUUGAUUCAUGAAGAAGAAGUUGUGUUGUUGAUAGGUGACAUGAAAGAGAAGGUAUACAGGAAGACGCAAACACGCCCUGCAGAAGUGGAAGCUGCCUUGGUUUUCAAGAAAGAGCAUAUCUUCGGGAAGAAAAGCUUUAUGACACGGGCAAAAUUCGACCCGAAUGGGAAAGAAUGUGAGAUUGUGGUGGAGAGGUCGCCUGUAGGGUGUAAAGACCCUGAGAUGUGGAUCAGAGUUGAUGGGAUCGUGGUGAUCCACAUUAAAAACUUGCAGUGGAAGUUUCGUGGAAACCAGACUGUCUUGAUCAACAAGCAACCAAUUGAGGUCUUUUGGGAUGUGCACACUUGGCUUUUUUCCAAUCGUGGAUCGGGUCAUGGGUUGUUUGUAUUCAAGCAUGAUCAACAAGAGUCGGAUAAUGAUCACCGAGACGAUGAUAAGCAAAGUGGGCGUGGGACUGGAGACAAAGACAACGACAAAGACAACGAAUGCAGUGUUAGUUCAAAUAGUUCAACAAAAUUACGAUUAUGUCUUAUUCUUUACGCUUGGAUGAUUGACUGA